UGAUUCAUCCCGGUCCAGCCCUCCCCGCGCCAGCAGCUGCCAAAAAUAGCGAUGCGGGAGGGGGGGGGACUCUCCAAAUAACCUCCCCUGCCUGGGCCCCCCCCCCCCGCCCCGCUACGCCGGCGGCGGGCCGGGAUGGCGGCCACCGGGAGAUGUCCCCGACACCUCCGUCCCCGGGGCAUCUGGGACCGGGACCAGUCGCUGGGGGAUACCACGCUGCGGUUACCAUGUGAGCGGGCGACGCUCCCCGACCGGCACACCCACCCGCCAUCCCCGCUGCCGUAAGCGCCGCGAUGCCCAGCCCCGUCCGCCGCCCUCCCGGUGCCGCCGGGCCGCCCGGUUUAACCAUGUUACCGGCGGACGGUUCGGCGUUGCUGCGAGCCGUGGCACAGGGCAAAUUUCGUCUCACCCGGCUCUUGUUGGAAGGGGGAGCGUACAUCAACGAGGGCAACGCCGCCGGGCAGACGCCAUUGAUGGCCGCGUGCCGGGCCGGCUACGCCGAUCCGCCGGAGCAGCCCCGUAUGGUGCGGUACCUCCUGGAAAACGGCGCCGAUCCCAACAUCCCCGAUAAGACGGGCAAGACGGCAUUGAUGCACGCCUGCGCCGAACGCGCCGGCCCGGCGGUAGCCGCCGUUUUGUUGGCUCACGGCGCCGAUCCCAGCGCCCGCGAUUACGCCGGAGCCUCCGCUUUGGUUUACGCCAUUAACCGGGGGGACCGGGAGACGCUGCAGGUGCUGUUGGACGCCUGCAAAGCCCAAGGGAAGGAGGUGAUCAUCAUCACCACCGACACCUCGCCCUCGGGUACCAAAACCACGCGGCAAUACCUAAACUCGCCGCCUUCGCCGGGGCUGGAGGAGAAACGCUCGCCGGCGCUUUGCAUGUCGCCCUCCGACAUCGAGGUGCGGACGGCGGCUUCGCCAGCUGGCAGCGAGAAAGAAGAGGAGAGGGACGUCUUCUGCUUCCCGCCGCCGCCGCCGGCACCGGUCACCGCCGUGCCGGAGCCAUCCCGCGCCCGGGGGCGGCCGCUGAAGCGCCUCAAUUCGGAGCCCUGGGGGUUGGUGGCCCCGGGGACGGAGGGGACACGGGGACCCCCCGAGCGUUUGGUGGCGGGGAUGGAGGGGCUGAGCCUGGGCGGGCGCCCGCGGCGGCACAGCGUGGAGGGCCGGGAGGCGGCGGGGCUGCCGGGGGCCACCUGGGCCGAGCGGGUGCCCCCCGGUUGCCCGCAGCCUCUGGCACGCCGGAACACGGCCCCCGAAACAGCACGGGUCAAACCGCCUCGCUGGGAGCCCCCCGAAAUGGAGGGGCACCCCUGGGCCGGCUCCCCGCCUCCAUCGCCGGGGCGAGGCCGGCGCUGCGCCGCAUCGGCCAUGCCGCUGCCGGCUGCCGAGUCCCCCCCGGCCGCCCGCCGGCGCCCACCCGGUUUGCUGGAGCGUCGCGGCUCCGGCACCCUCUUGCUGGAGCCCUUGGCCCCGGGGAGGGCCGGCUUCCUGCCCCCCCUGCACCCCGGCCCGCACCCCCCCGGCCCCCGCGGCCCCCCGGCCCCCGGCUCGCCCAAGGGACGCCGCAAGCUGCUGCGCCGACACUCGAUGCAGACGGAGGAGAUGCGGCAGUUGGCCAACUUCCAGAGCAGCGCGGCCCCAGAGCCGGGCAGUUAGGGACCCCCCCCUGCGUGUUGUCGUCCCCCCCCCCCGAGCCAGGGUGGCACCCGGAUGGCUGGGUCCCACUCCCGGCAUCCUCGGGGACACCACCCCCCCCCCAAAUGAAGGGACCACCCUGGGCUGCCGCUCUGUCCCUGCCCGGCUGCUCUCGUGUCAGCGUGGGGCCCCCUUGUGCAGGCGGUGGCAACGUUCACUCUGAACCCUACUGAUGACUGCGGGCACAUGACGAUUCUUCCAUUGCUGUCGUUGGCAGAAACUUUGCACGACCCCACGUUCCUUCAGGAGCCGGCAUCCCCCCCCGCUGCAUCUUCCUCCUGCUCCCUCCUCAUCCUCCCAGCAGCGCUUUUCCCUAUGGACCUUGCCCGACCUGCCCCAGGUUUGGGGGUUCCCCCAUCCCCGCCGGUGCCAGGCGCUGCCUGGGUGCUGUGAGCAAUAACAGCCGCCGGACCCCCAUGUCCUUGGACGGUCCCUGCCCGGGGGGGGGUCUCCCCCCCCUUUUUUUGGGGCAUGGGGGUCCCAGCUGUCGGCGUCCCGGUGAAUAAAGAC